AUGAAAGACGAACUCAGGGAAAUCAAGAAGAACAACUAUUGGGGACUUGUCAAAAGAUCUAGCAAGAAGCCAAUUGAUGUGAAGUGUGUAUACAAGGUGAAACAGAGGCCAAAUGAUGAUUUGUUGAUCACAAGUGCAGAUGAAACAGAGAUAAGAAGUGUCAAGUUGAAGCUGAUGCAAGAGUUUAAAAUGUCUGACCUAUGGAAUUUGUCAAAUUUCUUAGGGGUGGAAUUCAAAGACACAAGUGAAAGAGUGUUCUUGCACCAAAAGAAGUAUGCUCAAGACAUCUUGAAGAGGUUCAAGAUGAGUAAUUGUAAUGCAACUGCAACACCAUUAGAAACUGGAGCAAAGUUGAAGAAGGAUACAAAUGACAAGGUUGUAAGUGAGACAUUGUACAAACAAAUCAUUGGAUCCUUGAGGUAUCUUUGCAAUACCAAACCGGACAUUUGUCAAAGUGUCGGAUUACUAAGCAGAUUCGUGGAGAAACCUCAAGAGUGUCAUCUUAUUAUAGUCAAGAGAAUGUUGAGAUACAUCAAAGGUACAAUUGAUCAUGGCGUGAUGGUUCCAAGGAAAAAUAAGACCAACACAGAUGCAUAA